UUUUCUUUUCUUUUCUUUUUUUCCAGUUCUUGGCAAUUAUAUUUGCUUCUUGGAUUUGACCGUACGUUUCUUGAUGGAAUUCUUCUGGUUUCUUGAAGAAAAAGUCACCACCACCUUGUGUAAUAUUUAACCCAAUGAACUAUGACUCCAUUGUCUCCCAUGGAAAGCAAUUCUUUUACUGAAGAUAUGAGCUACUGCAUUGAUACCGAGCAUUCCUUUUCUUCGUUGCUUGAGUUUGCGGCAGAUAAUGACGUUGAGGGUUUCAGGCGAUCAGCGUUUGAUGAAUCCGAGGUUAAGGAGGUUGGACUAUGGUACAGUCGUCAGGGGGGAUCGAGGAAGAUGGUUCUCGAGCAGAGAACCCCUUUGAUGAUUGCUGCUAAAUAUGGCAGUGUUGACAUUGUGAAACUAAUUCUUUCUCUACCUGAGGUAGAUAUAAAUUUCUGUUGUGGCCCGGAUAAGAGCACUGCUCUUCAUUGUGCUGUUUCUGGUGGAUCUGUUAACGCUAUCUAUGUUGUCAAGUUGCUAUUACUUGCAGGUGCUGAUACUAAUGCUUUUGAUACCAAUGGUUGUCGCCCAAUUGAUGUUAUCGUUACUCCCUCAAAAUUUCCUCACUUGAAAAUUGCACUUGAAGAGCUCUUGAAAAAUGGUUCUGUCCGUCAAUGGGAUAUGAUGCCAGUUUCACGUCCUAGUUUGAGAUCCAGUUCACCUUCUCUGUCAUCAUUGACUGAUGAAGGUUCCUCGUCCUCUCCCUCGGGCUCUAUAUUGUCGCCAGUUAACCGUACGCCUAACGAUGUACAUGUUUCUUCUGCUAAGAAAGGAUACCCUGUUGAUCCAACUAUUCCUGAUAUUAAGAACAGUGUUUAUGCUAGCGAUGAGUUUAGGAUGUUCUCCUUCAAGAUCCAACGCUGUUCCAGGGCAUAUGCCCAUGAUUGGACCGAGUGUCCUUUUGUUCAUCCAGGUGAGAAUGCAAGGAGAAGGGACCCAAGGAAGUUCUAUUACAGUUGUGCACCAUGUCCAGAUCACAGGAAUGGGACAUGUAGGCGUGGGGAUUUGUGUGAAAAUGCUCAUGGGAUUUUCGAGAGCUGGCUACACCCUACCCAAUACAAGACUCGACUUUGCAAGGAAGGCACGAAUUGCAUGCGUCGAGUGUGUUUCUUUGCUCACAAAUCAAAUGAACUGAGACCUCUGAAUAUGUCUACUGGAGCUGCAUCCUCUAAAGUAGAUGUUAUGGAUUUCACCACGGCCUCGAAGUUAUUGCCUAGCUCCCCUUCAGCAGUUUCCUCGACGUCACCUUCUACAUUUAAUCCACUGAAGCAUCUUUCAAGCAACAGUUCACACCCAUCUGUGCCUUGGCCUCAGCAAACUAUCCCAAAUUUGCAUAACGGUCUCCAAGCAAGCCGUCUGAGAAGUUCUCUCAAUGCAAGAGACAUUUCAUCCGAGGAGCUUAAUGGAUUGCGGGAUUUUGCAUUCCAGCAACAUCUGCCCCUAAACGAGCCAUCCUCUUUCUCUCAGCUACAGUACAAUGGUUCUUCUAACGAUCUUUUUUCUCCUUCAAACACCUUGAACCACUCAAAUCUAGACAAGAUGUUCAAUGCAAAUGUCUCAUCUCCUCAGUAUUCUGAGCAACUGGGAGGUUCUGCAUCAGUUUUCUUUCCCACAUAUUCGUCAGCAGCUCUUAAUCAACAGCAGCAGCAUCCGAAAAGCAAGGCAUCUCGAAUUCAGGGGAUAUCACCUUAUAUCAAUGAUCCUGUGUCCUCUUUGGGCUUUCAACAAUCUGCUCAUGUUCGCCGGGAGAGGAUGUUGCAACAAUUACAAAGCAGCCUACUCCCACAGAAGUUUAGUUCUAAGCCAUCAUAUGACCUUGGAUCCAAUGGUACAAAUUCAUGGUCAAAAUGGAAAUCUGAGAACAGGAAUGUAGAUAGGUUUAUUCAGGCGGACGAAGUGGGUCAGCCACACACAUCAAGUUCAAUUGAGCACGUUGGAGAGGAACCCGAUGUGUCAUGGGUUCAUUCAAUGUUAAAGGACUCACCAUCUGAGACAAACGAGACAACUGCUAUUCCAGUCCCAGCUACCCUUGAUGGCUCUACUUCAAACCCUCACAUUGAAUCCAGUGAUUACAUGGCUUUGCAAGCUUGGCUUGAGGGGUUGCAGCUUGAUCAGAACGUUGUUUAGGGAAAAAGCAAAUAAAUACAUAUAUAGUCAUAGCUGAAUUUCAGAUUUAUUAGUUAGUGCUAUCAGAUUUAAAUAACUAAGGUAGUCGUAACGAUACGAGCUCAAAGGAAGAAAA